AGAGGAUUCUGGUGUAGAUCAAAACAAAGAUAUUGUGAAUCUUUGUGAUGUUGUGACUUUUUUUUAUUAUUAUUAAUGUUGGAACCAUAGUAGCAAAGGUUUUUCCCACUAAAAAUGCAGAUGGAUAAAGAUGAAAUUUUUUAAAACUUGAGUUUGACAUUCACUUCAUAUACUACUCAAUGCCAAGGUUACCAGCUUGCACGUCUAAGCUUCUAAGAUGUUUUUACCAAACCAUGUAAAACAUGUUAAUACUGAAGGCAUCCGAUCUACACGUAGAUUGGUACCAGUGUUACAUGAAAUACUUGGUUGCCCUUGAUGGGAAGAAUUAAAUACUAUGUGAGAUCCAUUUGGUCUUGAGUGGUGGGAUCUUUCAAGGGUCUACCUCAACUCUGUCAAGCAGGGCACAGGCCACUAAUUGUUGAUUCAACUUGAACGAAGGGUGAUUUGGCCAUUCAAAAACGUUUUCUUCCACAUGUAAAAGUUAACCAAAGGGUGUGUGCAGGAAGAGUUGUGUGUGGGGUGUUCUUGACUUGAGCUGUAUUAGGACGUGGGGCACAAUAACCCAAAAUAACCCCUGAGCACUCUGCAGUCAUCAUGACGCAGAAUGGAUACCUCCGCACAUCCUUUAGUUUGGAGGAAAAAAAGCUAGACGCGACUUGCACCUUUGCGGCGAAGAAUGAUGAACCAAAGCUAGUGGAAAAAUACUGCACCCGUGGUCGGAUGAGAGGCUGCAGUCUGCCUUCGUCAGUCGCCUCCGCGCUACGGGAACGUCACAUCAUAUUCCCACAACUACUGCCCUCCUUGUAACAGUAUCCUCAGUAAGCAAUGUGCCAGUUCACUUAACAAAGGGAACAGCUGGGACAUUGAACUUGAAAGCAAUUUAAAAAAAAACCAACGGGACAUGUAUCUGAAACCAUGUCAAGGUGGGAAAUGUAGAAACCCUGAUGGCGUUUAGAAAUCUGUUAUAUUUUUUGGCGUAUUUAUUGAAGUCCAUAAAGAAGAGGCUUUCACAUUUAACUAAUUCAACGCAGUUCAAAAAAGGAGCGCAUGUAGAUUGGUGCUGAACGCGUAUGAGACGGUCCUAUGUUUGCUGCGGUGUUGCGUAUGUUUUGGAACGCCAUUGGGUAUUGUAGUUCGUAUGCUGGGGAUUUAGGGGCAUAAGCAGUGGGUAGUCGAGAACGAGAACUACAUUUCCCUGUUCACUUGGGCUUUGAGUCCCUCAAAGGACUGCUUUAUAAAGAAGUUGUUUUUCCUCAGUGCUCGUUCUGGAUCUGUUGGAUGAACAGUCAAAGACACAGUGAGAAAAAAAACAACAAUUCUGAUCGCAACGACGCCAGUCAGUGCUCCCAUGUUGGUGAAAAAAGAUGAAAGAACAUGAUUUGGGAAAGGACUACCUGGCAGCCGGCCCUGCAUACCGGGCUGUACCGUCCAGAGAGACCUUACCUGGCUCAGAAAUAGACCCAUAUCAACUCUCCAAGGUCCAGGAUGCCCUGGAGACUGCAGCACGUGCGGAGGGGGGGUUGCCCCUGGAGAGGGCCGUGUCCCCCCACUCUAAGGAGAUGGAGGAGGAGGGUGGUCGCAGCAAGUACCACCACAGCGUCAGCAUGCUCAAGCCUUUCCGCUCCACCAGCAAGCAUGAGCACCCGGUGGACAAUGCGGGCCUCUUCUCCUUCAUGACGUUUAAUUGGCUGACUCCGAUGGCCGUGCGCGCCCACAGACAGGGGCAGCUGCUGCUGCAGGACGUCUGGCCAGUCUCACAGUGGGAGAGCUGUGAGACCAACCGACACAGGCUGUCAGCCCUGUGGGAGGAGGAGUGUGUUGAGCACGGGGCCCAGGCGUCCCUGCAGAGGGUGGUGUGGGCCUUCUGUCGCACCCGGCUCCUGCUCUCCAUAGUCUGCCUCAUGGUCACGCAGCUGGCUGGCUUCAGCGGACCAGCCUUCGUGGUGAAGCGUCUGCUGGAGUACACCCAGCAGGAUGUGCCGGACCUGCCCUACGGCCUGCUGCUGGUGCUGGGGCUGCUGGCCACCGAGCUGGUGCGCUCCUGGUCCCUGGCCCUCACCUGGGCCCUCAACUACCGCACGGGCGCACGCCUGCGCGGAGCCAUCCUCACCAUGGCCUUCGAGAAGAUACUCAGGCUGAGGAGCUUCAGGGAGAAGACCAUGGGGGAGCUGAUCAACAUGUGCUCGAAUGACGGGCAGCGUAUGUUCGAGGCGGCGGUGGUGGGCAGCCUGUUGGCGGGCGGCCCGCUGGUGGCAGUGCUGGGCAUGGUCUACAACCUCUUCAUCCUGGGCCCCACCUCACUACUCGGCUCGGCGGUCUUCAUCCUCUUCUACCCUGCCAUGAUGUUCAGCUCCAGAAUGACGGCCUUCUUCAGGAGGAAAGGCGUGUCCAUCACAGACAGCCGCGUUCAGAAGAUGAACGAGAUCCUCAACUACAUCAAGUUCAUCAAGAUGUACGCCUGGGUCAAGGCCUUCUCGCAGGCCGUACGCCGUAUCCGUGAGGAGGAGCGUGGGAUUCUGGAGAGGGCGGGCUACUUCCAGAGCAUCACCGUGGGCGUGGCUCCCAUCGUCGUGGUGAUCGCCAGCGUGGCCACCUUCUCAACACACAUGUUGCUAGGAUACGACCUCAAUGCUGCUCAGGCAUUCACUGUGGUGACAGUCUUCAAUGCCAUGACCUUUGCCCUGAAGGUCACGCCCUUCUCUGUGAAGUCGCUGUCCGAGGCAACGGUGGCCAUGGAGAGGUUUAAGAGCCUGCUGAUGAUGGCGGAGGUGGAGAUGAUCCGUGAGCGGCCCCAGAGCCCCCAGGCUGCGGUGGAGCUGUGUGGUGCCAGCCUGGCCUGGGACAUGGUGGGCCACAGCGCCCAGCCCACCCCCCGCGGCACGCCCUGCGUGGCCCACAACAGGCGGGUGCAGCACCGGCUGAACAAGAAGAACCGUCAGCAUCAGCACCAGCAGGAGCAGGAGCAGGAGCAGGAGGGGGGUACGGAGCAGCAGAGCAGGCAGCUGCUGGGUGAUGGAGCGCCCCCUAGCCCCGAGCAUCAUCAGCAGCAGGAGAACCACCAGUCCAUCCCAACCAUCAGCCAGAGACUGCAGAGAACACUGCACUGCAUCGACCUCACUGUGGAGAAGGGAAAGCUGGUGGGCAUAUGUGGCAGUGUGGGCAGUGGGAAGACCUCCCUCAUAUCAGCCAUACUGGGACAGAUGACGCUGCUGGAGGGGACGGUGGCGGUGGAUGGGGACUUUGCCUACGUGGCUCAGCAGGCCUGGAUCCUCAACGCCACGCUGCGAGACAACAUCCUGUUCGGCAAGGAGUACGAGGAGGAGAGGUACCAGGCUGUGCUGGGUGCCUGCUGCCUGAGACCGGACCUGGCCAUCUUGCCCAAUGCUGACCUCACAGAGAUUGGCGAGCGCGGUGCCAACCUGAGCGGCGGGCAGAGGCAGCGUAUCAGCCUGGCGCGUGCCCUCUACAGCGACCGUGCCAUCUACGUCCUGGACGACCCGCUCAGCGCCCUGGACGCCCACGUGGGAAACCACAUAUUCAACAACGCCAUUCGGAAACACCUGCGGCAGAAGACCGUCAUCUUCGUCACACAUCAGCUGCAGUACCUGGUGGACUGUGACGAGGUGAUCUUCAUGCGCGAGGGCAGCAUUACGGAGCAGGGCAGCCACGAGGACCUGAUGGGCCUCAAUGGAGACUACGCAGCCAUGUUCAACAACCUGCAGCUGGGGGAGGCCCCACUCAUAGAGAUUCCUAAUAAGAAUUCAGGCAACUCCUUGAAGAAACCACCAGAAAAGCCAAAAGCUGGAUCAGUCAAGAAGGACAAACCACCCAGCAAAGACAAUGUGGUUUCCCCAGCAGGACAGCUGAUGCAGGUGGAGGAGAGGGCUAAGGGCUCGGUGCCCUGGUCCGUCUACGGCACCUACAUCCAGGCGGCUGGAGGGGCACUGGUCUUCCUCCUCAUCCUCCUGCUCUUCAUCCUCAACGUGGGCAGCACGGCCUUCAGCAACUGGUGGCUCAGCUACUGGAUCAAGCAAGGCAGCGGGAACACCACGGUGGUGGUGGGCAACAGUUCGGUGGUGAGUGAGAGCAUGCGGGACAACCCCCUGAUGAGGCACUACGCCGCCGUCUACGCCAUGUCCAUGGGUGUCAUGCUGCUGCUCAAGAUACUGCGAGGCAUCGUCUUCGUCAAGGUUACCAUGAGAGCCUCUUCAAGGCUACACGAAGAGCUCUUCCGGAAGAUUCUUCGCAGCCCCAUGAAGUUCUUCGACACCACCCCCACCGCUCGCAUCCUCAACCGUUUCUCCAAAGACAUGGACGAAGUGGACACGCGUCUGCCCUUCCAGUCGGAGAUGUUCAUCCAGAACGUGAUCCUGGUCUUCUUCUGCCUGGGCGUGAUCGGCAGCGUCUUCCCGAUCUUCCUGGUGGCCGUGGGCCCGCUGGUGCUGCUCUUCAUCGCCCUGCACAUGGUGUCGCGCGUCUUCAUACGUGAACUCAAGCGCCUCGACAACGUCACCCAGUCGCCGUUCCUGUCGCACGUCACCUCCAGCAUCCAGGGACUGACGACGAUACACGCCUACGGCAAGGGGAAAGAGUUCCUGCACAGGUACCAGGAGCUGUUGGACCAGAACCAGGCUCCGUUCUUCCUGUUCAGCUGUGCCAUGCGCUGGCUGGCGGUGCGCCUGGACGUCAUCAGCGUGGCCCUCAUCAGCAUCACCGCGCUCAUGAUCGUCGUCAUGCACGGCAGCAUCCCUCCCGCCUACGCCGGCCUCGCCAUCUCCUACGCAGUGCAGCUGACAGGACUUUUCCAGUUCACCGUGCGGCUGGCCUCAGAGACAGAGGCUCGCUUCACCUCUGUGGAGAGAAUACAGCAUUACAUCAAGUCUUUAUCUCUUGAGGCCCCUGCGCGGAUCAAAAACAAGGCUCCCCCCGAGGACUGGCCUCAGGAAGGAGAGGUGGUGUUUGACGACACCGAGAUGCGUUACCGCGACAACCUGCCGCUGGUCCUGAAGAAGGUCUCCUGCACCAUCCGACCCAAGGAGAAGGUCGGCAUCGUGGGCCGGACCGGAUCCGGCAAAUCCUCCCUGGGUGUGGUGCUGUUCCGGCUGGUGGAGCCGUGUGGUGGCGCUAUCAAGAUUGAUGGAGUCAACAUAUGUGACAUCGGCCUGGCCGACCUCCGCAGCAAGCUGUCAAUCAUCCCUCAAGAGCCGGUUCUGUUUAGCGGCACAGUUCGCUCUAACCUGGACCCCUUCGAACAGUACACUGAGGAGUCCAUCUGGGACGCACUGGACAGGACACACAUGAAGGAGUGUGUGUCUCAGCUGCCUCUGAAGUUGCAGUCGGAGGUGGUGGAGAACGGGGAGAACUUCUCAGUAGGAGAGAGACAGCUGCUGUGUGUGGCCCGCGCACUCCUGAGGCAGUGCAAGGUGCUGAUCCUGGACGAGGCCACUGCUGCUAUGGAUACGGAGACGGACUCCCUGAUCCAGGAGACCAUCCGCUCGGCCUUCCAGGACUGCACCACCCUGACCAUCGCACACCGCCUGCAGACCGUGCUCAACUGCGACCGCAUCAUGGUGCUCAACCAGGGACAGGUGGUGGAGUUUGAUGAGCCCUCCAGGCUGAUGGCCAAUGAGAACUCUCGCUUCUGUGCCAUGCUGGCCGCCGUGGAGAACAAGGUGUCCACUCGAGGCUAAGAGGCGACACAAGGGGAGAUCAACUCAGCACUGCGCUCCUCUGAUGAUGACGGGAGAGAGAGAGAGAGGACUCCUCUGACCUCCUCUCCUGACCUCCGUAGCCAGCAGAGACCCCUGGCAAACCUCCCUUGCUCCUCCUCCUCCUCAACCUGCUCUUCAACAUAUACCCAUGAUGCACUGCUUUGACCCGCAGGUUUGGGGGAAGUUUGAGCUGGACAACUCCAUGCGACGGGGUCCUGACUGAGCUACGACCCCGUGGGGCUUAGACACCUUUUCAGAUCGUUGCUGUAAUCUGGAAAUGGUCAGGAAAAAAACAAAUCACCAUUACUGUAAUAAAUAAAUAAUAAUAAUGUUCUGAGUAUUCCACGGGAAAAAGGAGGGUUUACACGUAGCUGUAUUCAUUCCACAAGGUCUGUUUUAUAUAGGAUUAUAUCUCUAUAUAUGCAUAUAAGAAAUCUAUAUAUUUAGGUGAACGGAGAUUAUGCACAGAGUUUAUUUUGUAAAGGACUCUGUUUACGUGUGAAAUCAUAGUUACUGUCUACUGUGUGUGUGUGUUUCCUACCACUCUACCUUCCAUUGUCUGCACAGUGUCUACUACCUGUUAUAAUCAACUCAUCUUAUGACUUGACAAAUCCACGGGUCGUGUGUAAUUAUUUUCGUCGUCGUCGUCCUCUGUGUGACUUGAACCCUGAACCCCAGCAGUUUUUGGGUCCAGUGGAGGGGGGACUGGAGCUGAAGCCCUUAACUCUGUUGCGGGUCCUGGGGGGCCUUUGGGUUAGGGGCCCUUCAGCACAGACGGAGAAGCUUUUUGGCCAUCUAUAAAUGGCCGAUGAUGACCAGGCUGGCACUAAAUGGACUUGAACGCUCUCUCUAAGGGAGAGAGAGAGAGAGAGAGACAAAAGAAGACCAGACCACGCUGCUCAAUCCCAGUGUCCUUUGCGUUUCAUGCCGGGUGCAUGAGCUCACCCUACCCCACCCCACCCCUCACCCCUCCCAAAGUGAUGAGGCCUUGUACAUGAUCUUGCAGCCUGUUUUCUUUUCUUUUGUCUUUUAUUCUUUGAGGGGGAAAGCGCUGUUGCUUCCCCUUUUCACAAUGACGCUUUUUGUUUUUACUUUUAUUUUAUUUUAUUUGAAUUGAAUGGUAUAUUGUUUCGCAGGUUUUGCUGUUGCCCUUGUCAAAGCCUUUUGCAUCUUCACAGUGGCACCAGCUGCACCUGCACUGCUCCCUCUGUUGGUCAGGAAGCCUCUGACUGAUAUUUCUUUUCGUUUUAUUUUUUACAUACUACUUUUUUCCGUCUUGCUUAAAAAAAAAUGUUACAAACGACGCCAGUCAUGCACAAUCUUGUUUUUUGUUUUUGUCUUUUUCCUUUUCUGGAGGCUGGAUGUUUGGACUACUUUGCUCAGAGCAGACCAAUUGUUGGUUGUUUCCACGUCUGUCAUUGUCCUCUUUCCUGUCCCCGCUGUCUUACAUUGUAUGUUAAGAUAUGGCAAAAUCAGGGGCUCUUUUUAAAAGACCCCUAACUGCAGAAUGUCAGUCUGUUACGUGUGUCAUUUCUAUUGUGUGUGUGUUUUUUAUAUAUAGCCUUAGCAUGACUUCAUCAUCAUUGCCUUGAGAUGGAUGUAUGGAUGGAUGUAUGGAUGGAUGGGGGAUAUUUGAAAUGACAACGGACGGAGGAGAGAGGAUUUCUUUAAACAAGAAUAAAAAAAAAAACCAAGAAGUCAAUAAAAUUAUUUUAGGUUUACACCUGUCUUUGUGUGCGUGUGUUUUGUUGUUGUCUGGGAGAUUGAGGUAUGUAGGGCAGAGGGAGAGAGAGAGGGAGCUGAUGGGGAUCGAUCAGUAGGGCAAUCUGAAACCAGAGGAACACCGCUGGUAUCUUCUUUCAUUCCUACUGUUCUCUGCUUGACCAGCACACCCAUAAGCUGCACUCAUGCAGAGAGAAACACACACACACACACACACACAAUCUCACUUGCCCUAAAAUGAAAUGCUCGUCCUAUCAAUUCUUUAUAGCUGCAGUCCUCUUAACACUACCAUGCAAGAAUGUUGGCUUUCU